UUAUGAACUUAGCUUCGUGCGAAAAGCUUAAAACAUUCUGUUACUUCGGGCAUCUGUCAGAACCAAAUUUUGUUGACCUUUUAUCCAGCCUCCGUUUCAUCCAAAAUUUGUUUUUGUGUUCUAGUAGAGAUAAGUGGAGGCUUUCAAUUCCAUCCUUGAGGAGCUUGGCACUACAAUCUGAUUGUGACCUAGAUGAAAUUGAUAUCAAUGCCCCUAAUUUGCUUCUGUUCGAUUAUUCUGGCUGUGGUUCAUGUCGUGGGCAAAAGUAUCUUUCCACUCCUUUUACAAAGGAGGAUUCGGUCCGUCCAACUAAAUUUAUGCGAAUCAACACAUUAUUCUUUCAUGUUGACGCUAUUUGGUUUCAGAAGUUGAGGUUCUUUUUGGGCAAAUAUCAAGGAAUCGAAGUUUUGAAGCUGCAUAUUGGUGUGAACGAGGACGGCAUAAAUGUCAACGAAUUAAUGGGGAUCAACUCACCACCUUAUGAACUCAAGCAUCUGCACGUAGCAUUUUACGAUUUACAAGAUUUUGAAGAUGUUGUAGAUGCUUUACUUUGGUGUUGCCGGCCGCUAUCACUAACCUUAAGACUGGAAGCUCAUUGUAUGUGGUUGAAAAAUCAAAGGCUUCAUAGACUUAAACAUCCAUACGAAAAGCUACUGAAACAAGAAGACCGAGGCCUAUUCGACAUUAGGUUUGUCUUGACUCACGUUUCAGAAGCCAAACAACACUUCACUGACUUGAAUUCGUUGGUUGAAGCAAUACAUCGUGACGAACACCCAAGCACAAUAACCUUCAUAAAGGAAAGAGUUAUUGAAGAAGCGGGGUAAUAAUGGAACAAUUGAAGGCAUUGGAUCCAGCAAUACACCAUGCCUGUCUAUGUAUAUCACACUUCUUGUCUCUACCUCUUUAUGUUAAUAUUUGUAAACUUUUAUUCGAUUCCUAUUUGGUUAGAUAAAAUCAAAGUAAAUGUCGUGGAUUUUUCAUACAGUAAUU